AUGUGCUUUUUGGCCACCAUCAAAGAAGAACUCAGGACUGCACUAGCUCCACUGCAGAAGAAGCUAGAAGCCUUUAAUGCAGUGAAACUAGUCUGUGAUCAAACAGCAGAGCACAUCAAGAGCCAGGCCCAGCACACAGAGAGACAGAUAAAGAUGGAGUUUGAGAAACUUCAGCAGUACCUAAAAGAGGAAGAGGCAGCCAGGAUCACUGCACUGAGGGAGGAAGAGGAGCAGAAGAGUCAGAUGAUGAAGAAGAAGAUUGAGAAGAUGACAGAAGAGAUAUCAACCCUUUCAGAACAGAUCAGAGCCAUAGAACAGGAGCUGGGAGCUGAAGACAUCUCAUUCCUGCAGAGCUACAAGGACACACAAAUCAGAGCCCAGUGCACCCUGGGGGAUCCAGAGAAGGUCUCAGGAGCGCUGAUUGAUGUGGCCAAGCACCUGGGCAAUGUGAAGUACAGAGUGUGGGAGAAGAUGCUGGGGACUGUUCAAUACACUCCUGUGACUCUGGACCCAAACACAGCAUAUCCCAAACUCUCACUGUCUGAGGAUCUUACCAGUGUGAGACGCAGUGAUGAGAGACAGCAGGUUCCUGAUAAUCCAGAGAGAUUUGAUUGGUUGUGGGUGCUGGGCUCUGAGGGAUUCAGCUCAGGGAGACACUGCUGGGAUGUAGAAGUGGGGGGUGAUGAGGGCUGGGUGGUGGGUGUGGUUAAAGAGUCCAUCAGCAGGAAAGGGGGUGUGACUCUGAGCCCAACAGGAGGAGUGUGGGGUAUACAGCAGUACUGGAGUGGGGAAUACGCAGCCAUGACCUUCCCACAUACACGCCUCACUGUGCAGAGGGACCUCCAGAGGGUCAGAGUGCAGCUGGACUGGGACAGGGGGGAGGUGUCGUUCUCUGACCCCCGUAACAACACUCCUCUCUACACUUUUAAACACUCCUUCACUGAGAGACUGUUUCCAUUCUUUAGACCAUCGACCCACGGGAUGCAGAUCUGUCCACUGAAGGUGUCUGUGAGUGUAAAAUAGCACUGUGGGAUUGUGCUGACAUAACAGGGCUGCAUUUCAUCACAUAUGAACAUGUUUAAUAUACAAUUUGUCAGAAACAAAUGGCACAUCAAAAACAAAAUAUUGUUAAUUCUUUGAAAUGUUAAUGCAAACAUUCUGUAGA